AUGGCAUAAUAAGAUAAUUAUCUAUUCUCAGAAACAUAGUGGCGAUUAAUUUCAGGAGCAAUAUCUGGGGCAGUUUCUCGAUCUUUUGUUGCUCCAAUAGAAAGAACUAUAAUUCUUAAAUAAACUAAUGCAUCAAAUUACUAAAGAAAAUCAUUGAUCAGAUGUCUUUACAUUAUGUAUACUGAAGAAGGAGUAAAAAGUAUGUUUAAAGGUAAUGGAGCUAAUUGCUUAAGAAUUGCUCCUUUUUAAGCUAUUGAGUUUUAUUUAUUUGACAUGCUUAAAAAUACAUUUUAAUUUCAGAACUAAAAUGCAUAAAACAUGUCUAUGCUUGCUUUUGGAGCUUUUUCAGGAGCUUUAGCUACUAUGACUGUUUAUCCUUUUGAUUUAGUUAAAACUAUAUUAGCUGUUUAAACAAGUAAUCAAACAAUAUUAAAUAGACUAGGAAUACAAAGGAAUAACUGAUUGUUUAAUUAAAAUAGUCUAAAGAAAAGGUCUUUUAUCUUUAUUUAAAGGAUUAUCUGCAACAUUAAUUGGUAUAUCACCUUAUUCAAGUUUCAAAUUAACAUUUUUCUAAAUUUUAAGAUAAAAAUUAUCAUCUCUUCUUGGAUUUUUUAAUAAAGACACAUAAAAUCUUAUAUUCGGUGGUUUGGCAGGAUGUAUGGCAUUAAGUAUUACUUAUCCCACAGAUGUCAUAAGAAGACGACUAUAGGUUUAAAUUUUAUAAGGUAAUAAUUAUUACCUAAUAUAAUAUAGGAAAUAAUCAUUAUGGUUAUCUAGAGACCAUGAAAUUAAUGUAUAAAGAAUAAGGGAUGAUUGUAUUUUAUAGAGGAUUAUUUUGCACUUAUGCUAAAGUAAUACCAGCUACAGCUAUUGCAUUUACAAUCAAUGAAAAAUUAAAAAGAGUUAGAGAUCUUCAUUGA